CCCAGUGACCAAGCCAGCACAUCAGGGGAGAGAUGGAAUGAUGUGGACGUUCCUGAUGUAGUGCCACCACGGAUAAUCUUUCGUCCUAAGCGCACCCCAGGACCCCAGCUCAUCAUGACAGAAAAUUAUACACCUGUCCAACUUUUCCAGCUGUUUUUCAGCAACGCUGUUUUGCUCACAAUUCUGUCAAACACAAACGAACAUGGCUCUGCGCAUUACUCCACGCCCUUAAAUCCAUGGAAAGCCAUUGACUUGAAGGAUAUGUUUUGCUUCAUAUCAGUGUUGAUUUACAUGGGUGUGGUGAAGUGCUCAUCCUAUACAGAUUACUGGUGGGGGGGUCAUCUGUACAGUUUGCCAUUUCCCAAAAGAGUCAUGACAGGACAGAAGUUCCUGAAAAUGACCUGGGCGCUCCAUCUCAGCAGUGCAGCAGCGGAUGCUGAGAAUGAGGGGAGAAGAGGCACUGCAGCCUUUGACCGGCUUGGAAAAAUAAAGCCCCUAUAUGAUGACAUGAGGGAGGCCUGCAAGAGAAACUAUCAUCCUCGCCAGGAGAUUUCCAUUGAUGAGAGGACGGUUGUUUCAAAAGCGAGGAUUGGGCUGAAGCAGUACAUGAAGAGCAAGCCUGUGCGAUGGGGCUACAAGCUGUUUGUUUUGGGAGACUCCACGGCUGGAUACACCUGGGACUUCUUUGUGUAUGAGGGGAAGUCAACAGGUAACACAGGGAAAGGACUCAGUUAUGAGUCGGUAAUGGAGCUGCUAAAGCCCCAGUUGCUUGGCACAGGCUACAAGCUCUUCAUGGACAACUUUUACUCCAGUACCACACUCUUUCAGGACCUGCUAAAGAUGAAGGUCUGGGCAUGUGGCACCAUAUGGAAAAAUCAGAUCGGGUUUCCCAGAACCACAGAGAACAGCCUGGAUUCCAAGUCUCCCCGUGGCAGUGUGAGGUGGAUCAGGAAGGACUCCCUCCUCUAUGUUCAGUGGAGAGACACUAGGGAUGCCUCCUUCUGCUCAACAUUCCACCCAGCACACACAGGAGAGACUGUCAGACGGCGGGUCCGGAGUGCAGAUGGGCAGCGGGAAAUGAAAGACAUCCCGGUUCUGCCAGUGGUCAAAGACUACAACCAGCACAUGGGUGGAGUGGACCUGUCGGAUGCCCUCAUAGGGUUCUACAAGGUCCUCCACAAAACCAGGAUGUGGUACAAGACAUUCUUUUAUCAUUGUCUGGACAUCGCCGUCAUGAAUGCCUUUCUCCUCCACAAGGAGCUCGCCAUGGCUAAAGGACAGGUGCCGAUGAACCAAAAAGCAUUUAGGGAGACCCUUGCAGAGGACCUGGCAAGGAUGGGUUCUGCCCCCACAGACAUGCCAGUCCAAGGCCCUGCUCCUGCUCCUGCUCCUGCUCCUGCUCCUGCUCCUGCUCCUGCUCCUGCUCCUGCUCCUGCUCCUGCUCCUGCUCCUGCUCCUGCUCCUGCUCCAGCUCCAGCUCCAGCUCCAGCUCCUGCUCCUGCUCCUGCUCCUGCUCCUGCUCCUGCUCCUGCUCCUGCUCCUCCUACACAUCACAGGAUGAUGUACAUUAGUGGGGACAGCACUGCCAGCCAGCUAAAGUGCAGAAUCUGCCACAGCAAGACUCUGGUGAAGUGUGUCACCUGUGAUGUUUUACUUUGCUUCCUGCCUGGACGGGAUUGCUACAAUGAGUGGCAUGUUGGCAACAAUUUUUGGAUUUAGUUUGAUGUUAUUUGUAAAUAGGUUUUGUUUUAUUGUAAACAGAGUGUUUUGUUGUAGUUUAUUAGCAUGUUAUUAUGUUUGAUAUUGUUCUUUUUACUGUUUUUCAUUGAUAAUUGUAAAUACUAUCUAGUUUGACUUAUAAAAACAGUUUAUCACAUCUA